ACUUUGGCACAGGAACCAAAUUAGUUGUUUCUGCAGCUGAAGAUCUGGCCCAUGAGUUUUUGCAAAGCUCAUGAACACAGUGAGAACAAUGAUAUCAAAGUCUUCGGCUCUGGUACAAAGCUCGUUGUUUCAAACACACCAGCAAAACUUGAUUCCACCAAGAUUCAGGCCCUGCCUCCUUCUACUGAAGAAGAUGGGAAAGUAUCAUACAUGUGCCUCAUUCAGGAUUUUUACCCAAAUAUUAUUAAGGUGACUUGGGAAGAUGAGAACAAGAAUGCAGAGAAAAAUGGAGUGCAUGAGGAAAUCUGGCCCCCUGGUGACAAUCAACAGUCAUACUCAUUAAGUAGCUGGCUGACCGUAGAUAAAAAUAGCAACAAGAACUAUCGCUGCAAAUAUCAACAUGAAAGCAAAGGAGAUUAUGUUCCUAUGGAAUCUCCAGACACCUUUUCAGACACAACUGUAAUGCCUCAAACCACCAGAGGUUGUAUCAAGUUUGCUGAGAAUGACACCAUGCUUUCCACAGAUAUUAUGGACAGUUUCAUACACAGGACGGCGUAUUUAAUAUAUAUUGUCCUACUCCUGAAAAGCACCAUGUACUACGUCAUCGUACUCUUCUUCAUAUACAGGAUGCAAAGUCCAAUCAAGCGCCAUGGAAGGACUUCUUGUAAAAUGAAAAGUCAAUGUGUUACUUCAAGCUGGAUCAAGUACUUUGGCACAGGAACCAAACUAGUUGUUUCUGAGACAGAAGCAAAACUCGAUUCCAGCAAGAUCCAGGUCCUGCCUUCCAUUACUGAAAAAGAUGGGCAAGUAACACACAUAUGCCUCAUUGAAGAUUUUUACCCAAAUAUUAUUAAAGUGACUUGGGAAGACGACAAGAAGAAUGAAGAGAAAAAUGCAGUGCUUGGGGAAAUUUGGCCCCCCGAUGACAAUCAACAAUCAUACUCAGUGAGCAGCUGGCUGACCCUAAAUAAACCUAGCAAUAAGAAUUAUCGCUGCAACUAUCAACAUGAAAAAGAAGCAGGUUUUGUCCUCACCAAAUCUCAAGACACCACCACAGUGCCUCAAACCACAGCAGACUGUACCAACAGACUUUUCACAGCGAGUUUCAUGCACAGGACAGCAUAUUUAAUAUACAUUGCCCUUCUCCUGAAAAGCACCAUGUACUAUGUCAUCAUACUCUUCUUCAUGUACAGGAUGCAAAGUCCAAUCAAGCGCCAGGGAAAGAAACCUUAAACUUCUCCUUGCACCUUCCAAACUCAGCAUUUUUGUCUGAAAUUUACUUUGCUUUGCCAUAAGCCUGUUCAUAUGAAACACUUUGCUCUAAAUAUCAAGACAUGCAUUUCAAUUUGAUUUUGUUGGUUUAUUCUCUAGUUAGCACAGAUGGCUUAUUCUGCUUGAGAGCGAACAGUUUUAUAUGUGUUCAUUUUUUCUAUUUUAUUAUUUUAAUUUUGUAACUGUGGAACUUAAAGGGCUCCUUGAUUUCAGUGGGAAUUUUGCAUCACAAAGCAGUGCAGGAUCAGUCUCUUAGGCUCUUAUCCUGCAAAAACACUUGUGCACACGAACAACUGUUUGGAUGUGGAUAGGCCAACUGCAUUCAAGGAAGUCAAUGGAAAAAAACUCACUGCUGUAAUUGUUAGUGGGCAUGGAGUCCUAAUCUGUAAUUUAAAAUGAUUUGUCAUUUCAUUUCUAUUAAUUUCAUUUAUUUCCUUUAUAAAACAAAAACAGG